AUGGAGAAUGAAGCUCUAGCCCUGAUCAUGGCAUUGAAGUAUUUUGACGUCUAUGUGGGAGGAGGUACUAGACCGAGCUGUUUACAUGCAUGUCGCUCGCUCACUGCUGUUGACUCUCAGGUUGCUCGCUUGGAGGUGACCAUCACCUCAGAGGAAGGAGAAGGAAGGAGUCCCCCAGGACCCUUGCUGGUGACGCAGGACGUGGUGGGGACGCUUCUGGGGCAGGACCUCACCAGACGCCUCCCCAGCAGGAGCUCCACACAGAUUGUGGUGGGAGCGUGGCUGGUGUUGGCCUUCAUCGUGGGCACGGCUUACCGGGGCAACCUUACUGCCUUCCUCACUGUACUCAAGUACCCGGCCAGACCAGAGAACCUCGAGCAGCUCUUAAAGACAGAUGCAAGAGUUUCUAUGCUUUCCGACAUCGAGUACUACUUCUACUACACCUACAAGCAUUCCAACUCUCCCUUGUUUAGGGCGCUGGCUGCCCGCAUGUAUUUCGUAGCCUCGAAUGCUCAAGGACUCCAAAAUGCCAUUAUGAAAAACGAGGCAUACAUUUUUGAGGGCGCCUUCCUGAGAAUGGCAUUGGCCGAGAACUACACGAGAGACGACGGGUGGUCGCCGCUCUAUGUGGCCAAACGCCCAGUCCAGCCCGGGUACGCGGUCUGGUACGCCCCCAGAGAUGCACCCUACACCCACAUCAUCGACCGCUUCCUCCUGGCCUUCCAUGGGGCUGGCUUGAUCCGACGGUGGAGCCAAGUAGUGUUGGAGGACGCCCGCCAGCGGGACCGAGCCAGGCGUAUGGAGGAGAUGAAGGAAGAUGUGAAGGAUUGGAUGCUGGUGUUGGAGGAGGAGUCUUCUGGCGGCCUCCAGCCUCUCUCCCUCACACACCUCCAGGGCCCAUUCUUGCUACUGCUCCUUGGCUUAAUUGUUGCUCCUGUCGCCUUCCUCGGGGAGGUGUUGAUGGUUUGCUGUUCUCCUUCCUGGUGUUGAUGGCUUGUUGCCCUCCUCCCUGGUGUUGAUGGCUUGCUGCCCUCCUCCCUGGUGUUGAUUGCUUGCUGCCCUCCUC